AAUUGCUCACGUAAAAUGAAAAAGUGUGUUCAUAGAGUAUUUAUUGAGAGAGAGACAAGUAGAAGACGAAGAAACAGGGGAUAUGAAAUAUCCCCAUUCCCAUGAAUUGGUUGGGUUUUUUACAGAUUGAGCUACUACCCAUUUCAGAUCUCUAACAAUUAGUAAAGACCCAGAAAAGCUUGGUACAUUUUGGGUUGAAUUUCGUGACAAGGAUUGAAGCUUCUCAACAAUGGAGGCUACUGCUGGAAUGGUUGCUGGAUCUUACAAAAGAAAUGAACUUGUUAGGAUUCGCCAUGAUAGUAGUGACAGUGGGUCCAAAAUUUUGAAGAAUUUGGAUGGUCAGAUAUGUCAGAUCUGUGGGGAUAGUGUGGGAUUGACUCCGAGUGGCGAUGUCUUUGUUGCUUGCAACGAAUGUGCAUUUCCAGUUUGCAGGCCUUGUUACGAGUAUGAGAGAAAGGAUGGAAACCAGUGUUGCCCUCAAUGCAAGACUACAUACAAGAGACACAAAGGGAGUCCUCGCGUGGACGGAGAUGAGGAGGAGGAUGGUGUCGAUGAUUUGGACAAUGAGUUCAAUUAUACUAGGGGAACCAGCAAGGCUAAAGGUCAAUGGCAGGGAGAGGAUGCCGACCUCUCAUCAUCGUCUAGGCAUGAAUCUCAGCCAAUUCCGCUUCUUACAAAUGGUCAAGCGGUGUCUGGGGAAAUCCCAAGUGCCACACCUGACAAUCUGUCCGUGAGAAGUACAUCAGGUCCUAUUGGUCCUGAGAAGCGUGUUAACCAUUCACUUCCGUAUAUUGAUCCUUGUCAGCCGGUUCCCGUGAGAAUAGUAGACCCUUCGAAGGACUUGAAUUCUUAUGGGCUUGGUAGUGUAGACUGGAAGGAAAGAGUUGAAAGCUGGAAACUCAAGCAGGAGAAAAACAUGCCACACUUGGCAACUCGAUAUACCGAAGGAAAAGGGGGCGGUGAUAUGGAAGGCUCUGGCUCCAAUGGUGAAGAUUUCCAAAUGGCUGAUGAUAUGCGUCAACCUAUGAGUCGUGUCGUCCCUAUCCCCCCAUCACAUCUUACUCCUUAUCGAGUUGUGAUCAUCCUCCGUCUGAUCAUUCUGGCCUUCUUCUUGCAAUAUCGUGUUACCCAUCCCGUGAAAGAUGCAUAUCCUCUGUGGCUCACAUCAGUCAUCUGUGAGAUUUGGUUUGCCAUGUCAUGGAUUUUGGAUCAAUUUCCGAAAUGGUAUCCUAUCAACCGUGAGACGUUUCUUGAUAGACUCGCGUUCAGGCAUGACCGUGAAGGAGAGCCAUCACAGUUAGCUCCUAUUGAUGUCUUUGUCAGUACCGUGGACCCGCUGAAAGAGCCACCUAUUAUAACAGCUAAUACAGUUUUGUCCAUUCUUGCGGUGGAAUACCCAGUCGACAAAGUUUCUUGUUAUGUAUCAGAUGAUGGUUCAGCAAUGCUGACCUUUGAGGCUCUUUCUGAGACUGCUGAGUUCGCAAGAAAAUGGGUGCCGUUCUGUAAGAAGUUUAGUAUAGAGCCAAGGGCUCCAGAAUUCUAUUUUCAACAUAAGAUUGAUUACUUAAAAGACAAGAUUCAGCCUUCUUUUGUCAAGGAACGCCGAGCAAUGAAGAGGGAGUAUGAAGAAUUUAAGGUCCGAAUCAAUGCCCUUGUUGCAAAAGCACAAAAGGUACCCGAAGAAGGAUGGACGAUGGAAGAUGGAACUGCUUGGCCUGGAAAUAACCCAAGAGACCAUCCAGGAAUGAUUCAGGUGUUUUUGGGCCAUAGCGGAGGACUGGAUGUGGAAGGAAACGAACUGCCACGUUUAGUUUAUGUUUCUCGUGAGAAGAGACCUGGAUUCCAACAUCACAAGAAGGCUGGUGCCAUGAACGCUUUGAUCCGCGUUUCGGCUGUGCUGACCAAUGGAGCAUAUCUACUGAAUGUCGAUUGUGAUCACUACUUCAACAACAGUAAAAGUCUUAAAGAAGCCAUGUGUUUCUUGAUGGAUCCUGUUCUCGGGAAGAAAGUUUGCUAUGUUCAGUUCCCACAGAGAUUUGAUGGUAUUGAUCUUCACGAUCGAUAUGCUAACAGAAAUAUUGUGUUUUUCGAUAUCAAUAUGAAAGGGCAAGAUGGUAUCCAAGGGCCAGUGUAUGUGGGUACGGGAUGUUGUUUCAACAGGCAAGCACUCUAUGGAUAUGAUCCAGUAUUAACUGAAGAAGAUUUGGAGCCAAAUAUUAUUGUUAAAAGUUGUUUCGGAUCAAGGAAGAAAGGGAAGAAUGGUAACAAAAAGUACAUGAAUAAAAAGAGAGGACCUCAAAGAAGUGAAUCUUCCAUACCUAUUUUUAAUAUGGAAGACAUCGAAGAAGUUGUUGAAGGCUAUGAAGAUGAGAAGUCUCUUCUAAUGUCUCAAAAGAGACUAGAGAAGCGAUUUGGUCAAUCACCGGUGUUCAUUGCAGCCACCUUUAUGGAGAUGGGUGGUAUUCCACCUUCGACAAAUCCUGCCACUCUGCUGAAAGAAGCCAUCCAUGUAAUCAGUUGUGGAUAUGAGGACAAGACGGAAUGGGGUAAAGAGAUCGGGUGGAUUUAUGGUUCUGUCACAGAAGAUAUUUUAACUGGGUUUAAAAUGCACGCCCGUGGAUGGAUUUCAAUCUACUGCAUGCCUCCAAGGCCAGCAUUUAAGGGCUCUGCUCCGCUCAAUCUUUCUGAUCGUUUGAACCAAGUGCUUCGAUGGGCUUUGGGGUCUAUUGAGAUUAUGCUUAGUAGACAUUGUCCCAUAUGGUAUGGUUACAAAGGGAGGUUGAGGUUCUUGGAACGAUUGGCAUACAUCAACACCGUCGUCUAUCCCUUGACCUCUAUUCCACUAAUUGCCUAUUGUAUUCUGCCCGCUAUCUGUCUACUGACGAACAAAUUUAUUAUUCCUACGUUAAGCAACUUUGCUAGUAUGUUGUUUAUCCUGCUCUUCAUGUCUAUUGCUGCUACGGGUAUUCUCGAGCUUCGAUGGAGUGGAGUUUCCAUUGAAGAUUGGUGGAGAAAUGAACAGUUUUGGGUUAUCGGUGGUACUUCAGCCCAUUUGUUUGCUGUCUUUCAGGGUUUGUUGAAGGUGCUCGCUGGUAUUGACACCAACUUUACUGUUACUUCCAAGGCAUCUGAUGAAGACGGUGAAUUUGCAGAACUUUAUGUAUUCAAAUGGACAUCGCUUCUCAUUCCCCCCACAACUGUCCUGAUAGUAAACUUGGUCGGUGUUGUGGCGGGUGUGUCGUAUGCCAUUAAUAGUGGUUACCAAUCUUGGGGUCCACUCUUCGGUAAACUUUUCUUCUCAUUUUGGGUGAUUGCCCACUUGUAUCCCUUCCUUAAGGGUCUUUUGGGUCGUCAAAAUAGGACUCCUACUAUCGUCAUUGUUUGGUCCGUUCUUCUCGCUUCCAUCUUCUCCUUGCUGUGGGUUCGGAUCAACCCUUUUACCUCCGAUGCCGACAAAAUUGCUGCCAAUAAUCUAUGCGGCAUCAAUUGUUAGAUUACAGCUAAAUUUUGAGGUUUGUGUAGGUAACCUUUUACUUACCUUGUGUAUGAACACCAAGACAAAUGCUGAUCAUCGUAUCAUGAAGAGGAAUAUGACAGUCAAGUGAUUUUCCUUAAUGUUGCUGCUUAUUAGCUUAUCAUACGAAAUUUAGGAACUCGGUGUUAACAGCACAUUGCUCCAGCUUCGCGUUGACUGGUGUUGUUCGGCCCUUGAUGUUUCUCCUGUAUAGUCAGGUGUGAAACCAUGGUCUUAUUUUGUUGUUUAUUUAUGUAACAUUAUGAUAAAUUAUUUGUAAAGAUAAAUACUCACAAUGUACCAUUAUUCUUUUGGAACCAUUAUGAUUAUAUAAUACAUAGAAGUUUAGCAAGUAUGG